AUGUCUCAAUUGCUUUACAAAUAUUUCUUAAAGAAGACUGCUUUAGAUUCUGUAAUCAAGAUCGGUGAUACUCAAGAUCCUUAUUUUGAGGAAAUUCCUGAAGAUGAAUUACAUUUCUAUCAGAGAAAAGGAGCUAAAAGAAAGCGUAAAUUGCCAUCUAUUAUUCCACCAAAAGACUUGAAGAUCUUAAACAGUGUUAAGCGUAAAGCUUAUAGAUUGGAUUUACAAUUGAGUAUUUGUGGUAUCAGAUUAGGUUGGGCUGGUAUUAUUGGUUUAAUCCCUUGGUUAGGUGAUAUUAUAGCAUGUUUCUUAGCUUUACAAAUUGUAAGGAAAGCUGAAAAAAUUGAAGGUGGUUUACCAAUGGGUAUAAGACUGAAAAUGAUGUCUAAUGUCAUUUUUGAUUUCAUGCUUGGUUUAAUUCCAAUUGUAGGUGAUUUCAUGAAUAUCGCUUAUAAAUGUAAUUCAAGGAACUUCAUUCUAUUGGAGAAGUAUUUAGUGGAAAAGUAUAGUAGUCAAGUCCCAGUAAUGUCAAAGAUGGAUAAAAAGAAUCUUCAAGCCAUUGAAGAUGAUGCAAUCACCAGAGGUAAUGAACCUAGAAAAGAUGAAAUACUCGUUUGA